UCUACCAUUUCUGCUGGAUCAGAUUUACAGGUGUGUCGUCGAAACGGGGAGAGACAACACAGCUGGAGGGAUCCACCCCUGUCCCCACACCCGCUCCCACUCUUCCAUUUGCCUCCCUCUCACUGUCCCACUGUCCCACCCGCUGUCCCUUCUCUGUCCCCAACUCCUACUGUCCCAUCCACUGUCCCCUCACUGUGCCAGCUCUCCCUCUGUCCCCUCUCUGUCCUUCCUGGGGUCGCUCUCGCCAUGUCCAGUGCAGCCCUGGAGCGUCUCAGCACCCUGUCGCUGAGCGUGCAGCAGCUGGUCCGCCUGCCCCGGCUCCUGGACGCCCUCCCCUCCCCCCCCUCCCAGAGGGGCACGGUGCGGGCGUCGGACGUGCCCAGCCUGUUCCGGGAGCCCUACAUCCUGACAGGCUACCGGCCGGUCGGGCAGAGCUGGCGCUACUACCUCCUGAGCCUCUUCCAGAGGCACAACGAGACUCUGAACGUGUGGACCCACCUGGUGGCGGUGCCGGCGGUGCUGCUGCGCUUCUGGGCCCUGGCGGGGGCGCGGGGCGUGACGCUGGACGUGGCCUCGCUGCCCCUCGCCCUCUAUGUGCUGUCGGCCCUCACCUACCUGAGCUGCAGUGUGGCCGCCCACCUCCUGCAGUCUCACUCGGAGCUGGCCCACUACACUCUCUUUUUCCUGGACUACGUGGGCGUGUGCGUCUACCAGUACGGCUGCUCCCUGGCGCACUACUUCUACAGCUCUGAGCGCGCGUGGCGGGACAGCCAGGUGGGGGCGCUGUUCCUGCCCGGCGCCGCAUUCCUCGGCUGGCUCUCCUGCGCCGGCUGCUGCUUCGCCAAGUUCCGCUACCGCCGGCCGUACCCGCUGUGGCGGAAGGUGUACCAGCUGAUCCCCACGGGCCUGGCGUACGUGCUGGACAUCAGCCCCGUGGCGCACCGCCUGGCCACCGGCUCCUGGGCCGAGCCGGCGCUCACCUUCCACGCCCUGCAGGUGGCCUUCUUCCUGCUGGCCGCCUUCUUCUUCUCCUGCCCCGUGCCCGAGCGCUUCCUCCCGGGCCGCUGCGACAUCGUGGGCCACGGCCACCAGGUCUUCCACGUCUUCCUGUCGCUCUGCACUCUGUGCCAGCUGGAGGCGGUGUUCGAGGACUACCUGUCGUGCCGGGACGCCGUGGCGCGGGUGCACGGGGAAGGGCGCCUCCUGCUGGCCUGCGGCUCCUUCCCCGUGCUGGUGCUCUGCAGCGCGCUGACCGCGGCGGCCCUGCGCCGGAGCGUAAAGAGGAGACUGAAGGUCAGGCAGGAGUAAAGGAGGAGGAGGAGA